UGUGUGUGUGUGUGCGUGUGUGUGAGCGCGUAAUUGUGUGCGCGCCUCCCCGACGCUCAUGUGGAGCUGUUGUUCCCACAGAGCAGCCAGAAGGACAAUACAAGGGGCUGCUGGAUUAGAACGACAAAAGAGAAAGUGCUGCCUCCAAGUAGAAAGUCUGGCUCUCGUCGAUCCUCGUUACUUCUUCUUCUUCUUCUUCUUCUCCUUUUGAAUCAGCGCUCAGUCGACUGACCCUGAGACGGUUUCCGCGGUUGCGCACAGACCGGUAUGGAUUUACCAGGGACUAGACGAGACACGCCGCCGAGUCCCCCACCGAAGUUUUGAUUGUCACCGCUUGCCUCUCGGAGCCCGGAGCGGGGGGUGGGGGGGGAAGACACCAGACUUUGACGCAGCGUUUUGUGGAGACCACGCGCGAGGACGUUUUUUUUAUAAUUGUUUUUUUUGGAGACACUUAUUUGUUUGUUUUUUUUUGCUCUGUUGCAGCUCUCUCCUGCAUCUCUCAUGGGGUGACCCACGUAGAGCUCUUAAGACGCGACUGUGGGACAGGCCGUCUCCCCCCCCCUCAACAGUGUGAAUGAAUCUUUGCCGUAAAGCCGCUGUGCUCUGCCACCCUGUCACCAUGAAGAGCAAGUACUCCCAAUACUACAACCAGAGCCUGAUCCACGCCUACUACGCCUUUGCUAAGAACAUGAGCACCCAGGAGCUGGACAAGCGCAUCGAGAGCAAGAAAAAGCUCAACAGCCUGGACAUCGUCAUCGUGGUCCUCUGCACCGUCAUCAUCCUGGAGAACCUGCUGGUCCUCAUCGCCGUCUGCCGCAACAAGAAGUUCCACUCCGCCAUGUUCUUCUUCAUCGGCAACCUGGCCUUCUCCGACCUGCUGGCGGGCUCCGCCUACAUAGCCAACAUUUUCCUGUCGGGGUCGAGGACCUUCGACCUGAUGCCCGUGCAGUGGUUCAUCCGGGAGGGCACGGCGUUCAUCGCCCUGGCGGCUUCGGUCUUCAGCUUGCUGGCGAUAGCCACCGAGCGCUACAUCGCCAUCACCAAGAUCAAGGUGUACGGCUCCACCAAAACCUGCCGCAUGUUCCUCCUGAUAGGAGCCUGCUGGGUCACCUCCAUCCUGCUCGGAGGACUUCCCAUCAUCGGCUGGAACUGCAUCAACGACCUCCCCGAAUGCUCGGCCGUGUUGCCGCUGUACUCCAAGAAAUACAUCCUCUUCGUGGUGACCAUUUUCAGCCUCAUACUGCUCUCCAUCGUCAUCCUCUACGUGAGGAUCUACUUGCUCGUGCGCCACAGCCAGCAGGAGGCGACCACCCAGGCGUCCGUCGCCCUCCUGAAGACAGUCACGAUAGUGCUGGGCGUCUUCAUCAUGUGCUGGCUGCCCGCUUUCACCAUCCUCCUCCUGGACACGUCGUGCAGGAUGCAGUUCUGCCCCAUCCUCUCCAAGGCGGAAUUCUUUUUCGGCUUUGCCACCCUGAACUCGGCGCUCAACCCCGUGAUCUACACGCUGCGCAGCAAGGACAUGAGGAAGGAGUUCCUGCGCGUGCUGUGCUGCUGGGGGGUUCUGCACAGCGGGCGGCCAGCCGACCGCUGCCUGGUGCCUCUGAAGAGCUCCAGCUCUCUGGAGCACUGCACCAUCAAACACGAACAUCAGACCACACCGAUCAUGCAGGACUGUACCAGCGUCUGAUACGGUGCAAAGACAUCAGAGUGCGUGUGUGUGUGUGUGCGUGUGAGUGAGUGAGAGAAGUGGCGCUGUGAUGCAGAGAUGUUUAAAAAAAAAAAAAAAAGAUGCUCUGGACUGAGAUGCCUGACGAGGCUACAAAGCGGCCUUUUUCUUAGUACAAUCAGAGUUGUGUCAAUUCACAAUCUGCAUCCAAUCCUUUGCAGCGGGUGUUAAGACACGAUGCUUUGUGGGAGGAGGGAACCGGUUCAGCAGGAGGGUACUGUCAGAAAUGUGAAGAGAGCUUUUUUUUUUUUUUUGGGGGUACUCUGGUUAAAUAAUGUGGAGCUGCAAACCAUCGCCAUGUAAAUACUUUCUAAACAUGUAAACCAAAAUUAGAAACAAAACAAUACUGUAGUUAUGGUGAAUUGUUUUGGGCCCUCCAGCCAUUGUAGCUAUGCAAAGCUUGCAAAGUUGCACUUUGUAGUACACUGUUGUCCUCCGUUUCACUCUCGUGCACUGAUAUGUGUAAACAUCAGGCAGCCCCCCCCCGAUCCAUCACUUGUGAUCAACUCCUCUGAAGCCAAGUUACCACCAGCAAACCAGGGCUAGUUACUUCCUCAUAUAACCUUGCUUAAACCAUUUGAAUAACUACAACAAACUUACAUAAUCUGAUUACAUUUAAUGCAUGAAAUUCUAACUUAUUUGUAAGAGCUAAUGUACGUGUGAUAUAUUCCAGCUUCCAUCACUAACGCCGCUUCCCUCAUCCGUUCCCAUAGUCUGUCCCUCUUUGCUUUUUUCUGUUGUCUUUCGUGUCCCAACAGUUUCCGUUGAGGAAGGCCUAAUCAGAAAGCACAUUUCCUGAAGUGAGUUGGCACCGAUGCGCUUCACUCGACGUCAGCUGUCCAGCGGCUUUGACUAAUGGGGCCCGACGUCCCGCCGGUGUUGUAGCAACGUGGCGGCAAUGCGCCGUCUCCGUUAGUGCCUUCCCGCCCCUGGGGGGAAAAUUAGGCUGAAUGUAUGUAUGAAGUGUUUGGGGCAGGUUGCUCCGUUGUGGACAGUAUUAUCGGUCAUCCUUAUGAAUGAAUUACCAAGUCAUUGACGAGCAGAGAAUGGGAUGAACAGGGUAGGUCACUCUCACUGUGAAGUCUUUCGAAAGCACCCUGAACAAAAGAAAAAAAACUCAACAAUGUUGUGAACAUCCUGGUUUAAUUUGCUGGCCAUAUGCCGAUGUGCAGCUAAAGAUGUAAACACGUCUCAUCUUUCCAAAGACCCCCCUCCUCCUCCUCCUCCA